AUGGAGGGAACCACUCCCACUCCCCAGCGUCCCCCUUUAAGACCACCCAACCCCGCCACGCUCCUCCUCAUCUCUCUCUCUCUCUCUCUCUCCAAAAUGCCUUCUUCCGCACCUUUCUCCCCCACCCACACUUUCUUCCUCUCUCUUCUUGCAGGUGCCGGAGCCGGUGCCACCCAACUCAUCCUCCUCAACAACUGCAUGCACGACAUAUGGCCCGCACUUCUCGGCAGCGCCGGUCACCCAACCCCCCGAGACGGCGGCUUCCUCCUUCCUACCGGACAAGAGACCCUUCUCCAUGUCCCUCAAGGUUGGUCCGGCAGGAUUUGGGCCCGACAAGGCUGCUUCUUCGAUCACCACACUGGAAGAGGCUUCUGCCAGACAGGAGACUGCGCUGGCCUCCUCAAAUGCGGCGGCCUCGGAGGCCUCCCUCCCGCCACCCUCGUUGAGAUCACCCUCGGAACCUCCCAAUCACCAUUACAUUUCUACGACGUCAGUCUGGUUGACGGCUUUAACCUCCCCGUCUCCAUCAAGCCCGAGAGUGCCGCCCUGCGCUGCGGCCUGGCGUCCUGUGAGGCGGACUUGAAUGCUUUUUGUCCGCCGGCGCUGUCCGUGCAGGAAAGGGGCAAGGUGGUGGCCUGUAAGAGUGCUUGUCUGGCUUCCCAAUCCCAAAAAUAUUGCUGCACCGGCGACUAUGCUGACCCCAAAAAGUGUAGGCCUACGGUGUUUGCUCGUCUCUUCAAGCUCAUCUGCCCUUCGGCUUACAGCUAUGCUUACGACGAUUCCGCGGCGCUCCAGACUUGCAACGCCACUCGUUAUGUCAUCACCUUUUGCCCUCCUAAGAGUUUGAUCUGUUAUUCUCAGAAGCUGGGACAAUCAGACUUGGUCAUUGAUUAGCAUUUCUGAAUGUAUAUGGCAUUGAACCAAAGGCAUCGGUUGUCAUAGUGCCGUGUGGUUGGUCUU